GGCUGAGCACUGAUCUUUUUCUUGUCCUCCAAUGGUAGAUCACAAGCUUGACCCGUACGAGAAUGACGAUAUGAGAAGCGCGAGCGCUCCUUCCGUUGAUGAUAUCGAGCCUAUUUCUGGACAUUCCAGAGCACCGCCUCCGUCUUAUAAAGUUGGAGCGGAAAGUCAAGAGCAACCGUCAAGCGCUUCGGCAAUGAAUUCAUGGAUCCGACCUUCACCCAACACCACCAAUAAUAAGCACGUUCCCAUUGAGGAGGAAGAUUUAGAGAGUGACGAUGUUGAAGCACCUUUACUUGGAAGUACAGUUGGAGACGUACAGGUGGAUCCUUUCAGAGACCUUCCUCCUCCGCCACAAUAUUCACCUUAUCGAGCGACAUACAAGCAGAAAGGCAAAGGCGUCGUUUCAAGAGAUGAUCAUAUCAACGAAGAUGGCGAGGCACUCUAUCGAUUCUUGCUGGACCAUAAUUCCCCUCCAGCAAUGGAAAUCAAAGUUCAUGGUACGCAUGAUGUGACAAAGUGGAGAACAGAGACUCAUCACAAUUCGGAUGGAACGACAAGAGAAGAACAACAUCCGUAUACGGAAGAAGUAGUGGAUUUCGAUUUUAAGAUCGAUGUAUCUCAAUAUGUGUCGCCAGUAUGCUCAAACAUGUUCGUCCAACCAGACACCGAGACAGGACAGUCAAAAUCCAUUAGGGAGCUCUGCGAUUCUUAUGUUAGAGACGAUGGUUUUUUCAAGGAGCUACAGAUGCAAAAGUAUAUCGAGUGGAAUUACAAGGAACUGACGCAAGCUAUUUUAUAUGCGAUGCGAUGCCAAGGAUAUCAUUACAAUGUAUCCAUCACAUUCCCGCUGCAUAAUUAUCGCGUUACGGUCAAGAGCAAAUCAAAAUGGUCACAGGUGGCGGAAUCAAAAUGGGUGAAGGCAUUAUUGAUCAUCACCUGCUUGUGGAUAUUUGCAGUGCCUGCAUACCUGAUGUUGAGAAAGAGGUAUGGUCAUAAGGAUCUCAAGAGUGAAUGGAAUAUGACAAUCAGCGAAGAAGAGUGGUAUAGACGGCAUGUCCAUGAAAUUUUGGGACAAGUAAAAUAUCGACAAGUUUGAUUGCAGUAUACCAAGCCAUUUUGUUCUUUUAAUCUAUGUAAUUAUAAUUUUCAAUACGUUUGUUUCACAUAAAGACCUUCUGCUGCUUCAUUUUUAUUUUUGGCUGUCAAAGUUUCCAGGCGGAACGUUUU